AUGUCCAAGAUCAACCGCAUCAACCCCAACGUGAAGCGCGCACAGACCGAAGAAUGGUUCCCCAAAUCCCCCGACGGCGCAUACACGGGCGAGAAAGUCCCCUUCCACCCUCGCCGGCGGCCGUUUUUGUCAUCGACCACCCUCGUCCUGUUGGUGUUGCUGGUGCUCGCGGUCGGGGUGCUUGUUUGGAAACAUGAGCAGGCCGUGGCUGUCGCGGCCGAGAAUUACCAGAAAUACACGGGCCAGGAUUUAAAAGAGACGGAGUUUUACAAGGUCAUAGAGAAGGCGCAGAAGAUGAAGUGGAAGCGAUCGGAGCUGUGA